GCAGAAUCUGAAGCAGCGAGAGAAGACGUGCGCCUUCCACUUCGCCGCUCCCCGCGGGGAAUCCGCCGGCACAUCCGCGAGACCGACACCGGCCGCCGCCGCCGCCGCCGCCGCCGCCGCUGCGCCAUGGCGCUCGCAAGGCAAGUGCUUUGUCUCUCUGCUUUCCUCUCGCUGCCGCACGCUCGCGCCGAGCCCAUCCGCUACUCCGUAGCCGAGGAGGCGGAAAGCGGCUCCCUGGUGGGCCAGCUGGCGGAGGAUGCGGGGCUGACGCCGGCGCAGCUCUCGGCUCGCCGCGCCCGCCUGGUCUCGGAGGACGGCCGGCAGCAUUUUCGCUUAGACCGCGCCUCCGGCCGCCUCGUCGUGGCGGCGAGGCUGGACCGGGAGGAGCUCUGCGGCCAGUCCGCCACCUGCAUGCUCCCCUUCGAGCUGCUGCUCUCCAACCCCCUGCAGUUCUUUCGGGUCGAGGUGGCUCUGGACGAUAUCAAUGACCACUCACCUGUUUUCCGACAAGAUCGAGUCACUUUUAAGAUUCCCGAGACGAGCGAUCCCGGCUCUCGUUUCCCACUGGAGGUGGCUCGGGACCUCGAUAUUGGUAGCAACACAGUCCAGGAGUACAGCAUCUCUCCUACGAACGAAUAUUUCAGUGUCUCCUAUGGGAGUCGGAGUAAUACUGACAAAUAUCUGGAACUUGUUUUGGAAAAGCCACUAGAUAGAGAGGAGCAUGCUGAGAUGGGUUUCCGUGUUAUUGCAGUGGAUGGGGGCUCUCCUCCUCGAAGUGGGACCAUUGAGAUCUCUAUUAUCAUUCUAGAUGCAAAUGACAAUGCUCCCAUAUUCACCCAGGAACGUUAUAUUGCAAAGGUUCUGGAGAACAUGCCAGAAGGCUCUGUAGUUCUGACUGUGCUGGCAACAGAUCCAGAUGCAGGACUUAAUGGUGAAAUUUCCUAUGAUUUCGGUGAAGCCGUUGGACAGAGUGACUCAGCCUUUGUGAUUCAUUCCAUAACAGGUCAAAUUAAAAACACAAAGCCUCUGGACUUCGAGGCAGAAGAAUCUCACGAGCUCAGUGUGAGGGCCACAGAUGGUGGGGGUCUCUCAGCAAUCUGCAAAGUGCUGGUGGAGGUGGUGGAUGUGAAUGACAAUGCCCCAGAGCUGGUGGUCAGUUCCUUCAGCAGUCCCCUCCCCGAGAACACAGUGCCCGGCACGGUGGUUGCCCUGUUUGCGGUCAGGGACCGGGAUUCUGGUGCCAACGGGAAGAUCUCCUGUGCCCUCGAGGAUCAGCUCUUCUUCUCCCUGCGGCCAGCCUAUAAGAAUUACUACGAGCUGGUGACAGUGAGCGCGCUGGACCGCGAGGAGACGCCUCGCUACAUCCUCAGUGUGAGGGCAGCAGAUGCGGGGUCGCCUCCUCUCACAACCACCCAGACCUUCAGCGUGGACAUCUCCGAUGUCAAUGACAACGCCCCCGUCUUCAACCAGACCUCCUACACCAUGUACGUGCGUGAGAACAACGUCCCCACGGUGUUUGUUGGGGCCGUCAGUGCUGCAGAUGCUGACGUGGGGCUCAACGCCAAGGUGACCUAUUCCCUGGCCCCAGAGCAAGGGGCAGAGCGGCCCUCGUGCUCCUGCAUCUCUGUGAACUCUGAGAACGGGCACGUGUUUGUGCUGCGGCCCCUGGACUACGAGCACUUGAGGCAGACCGAGGUGACGGUCAGUGCCUCUGACGCGGGCUCUCCUCCCCUCAGAGCCAACGUCACCGUCCGCCUGGUCGUGCUGGACGAGAAUGACAACGCACCGCUGGUGCUCUACCCAGCCCAGGACAGCAGCCCAGCGUCCAGUGAGCUGGUGCCCGUGUCGGCUGAGGCGGGCUACCUCAUCAGCAAAGUGGUGGCCGUCGAUGCUGACUCGGGACAGAACUCCUGGCUCUCCUACCACCUGCUGAGGGCCACCGACCCAGGGCUGUUUUCCGUGGCCCUCCAAAGCGGGGAGGUGCGUCUGAGGAGGCCGGUGACAGAGAGAGACAGCGUCAAGCAGAAGCUCCUUGUCCUGGUCAGAGACAACGGCAAGCCCCCGCUGUCAGCCACGGCAGCUCUGAGCGCUCUCCUGCUCAAGGACUUCUCCGACGUGCGCCUCCCGCACAGCAGCCCGGCCACAGAGGAUCAGGACGGCUCCCUGACCACCUAUUUAAUCAUUUCCUUGGUCUUUGUCUCACUCCUCUUCCUCAUCUCCACCGCAGUCUUUGUCGCUCGCAAGGUCUGCAGGAGAAAGCAGCUGAAGGCUGGCCAUGUGCUUUAUGGUGCCGACAACUUGCAGAGCGGCCUGGCCGAUGCAGCCGCUGCAGGGAGCCUGCCCCGCGCCUAUUGCUACGAGAUCAGCCUCACUACGGGCUCGGGCAACAGCGAGUUCAAAUUCCUCAAGCCCAUCCUGCCCAGCCUGCCCCCACAGCACUGCGCCGUGGGCCAGGGCCCGGAUGAGGAACAGGAUUUCCCCUGUGUCCCUGUCAGCACAGAGGACACGGCCCCAGACAAUGCUGGGACUCUCUCUGCAGGACAGUUCAAUGCUCUGUCCUUUAACUGACAUGGGUUCUGCACAGCUGGAGGCUUCAUGGCCCAUGGGAGGAGGGGAUCCAGGCCGCAGCAGGUGGCCAUGGUUCCUCCAGAGUAUAUCUGUGUUUGCAAGUGAUUCAACCAACUUUCUGCAAAUUCUGUUCAAAAUAAUUGUCUGCUACUCCUGAAGCAUUGAAGGAAAUAAAAGAAGCCAACGUCCUCUCAUUCUCUAAUGGGAUUCACCUUUGCUACUGCCCUUUCGAACAGAUUUCAUGUUUGUGGUUAGCCCUCCAUGUGUGUUCUGCCUUCUCUGUCUGUCUGACAAGACAGAGGAUCUUUUUAUUCUGGUCUUCAAGACAAUGUCACUGUUGGCCAAACAAAUCCUAUCCUCACUGAAAUGCGAAAAGGCUUUUUCCCAGCUCUGGAAAGCAAGGAAGUUGAGAGUAGUAAGUGGCAAUGUCACGUGGGCACUAGGC